AUAGAUAGAUAGAGAAACAGUAGCUUCAGCCAGACAGAAGCCGAAACUGGAUCAAUGGCUGCUCUCCGCACUGUGCUUCGUCAUAUUAACACGUGCGCCACCUUCGCUCCACCGCCGCGCCUUCCUAUGGCAUUGCUUUUGAGUUGUGGCGUCACGUGGCACUAUCUUAUUCCCUCCAAAACCUCCAGAACCGUUAAAUCCCGUGCUGGCUCAGACAGUUACAAGUUAGUGGUGAAGAAAGACGAAAGGUUGGGAGCGGGAGAGUGUGUCGACGAGGUUGUUGGGAGUGGGACCACAAUUGCGGCCAUCGUAACUUCGUUGGGAGGGCCACCUGCAGCCGUUGGAAUCGUUCGGCUUUCGGGCCCUGGAGCAGUGUCUAUUGCGGGUCGGGUGUUCCGGCCCGCCCGGAACUCGUGGCGGCCCACCAGCCACGUCGUCGAAUACGGCGUCGUGUUGGACUCCGAUGGCAACGUCAUCGAUGAGGUCUUGGCGGUGCCGAUGCUGGCUCCGAGGUCGUACACGCGCGAAGAUGUGGUGGAGCUUCAGUGUCACGGGAGCGAAGUGUGUCUGCGCCGCGUUCUAAGGACUUGUUUGGAAGCCGGAGCAACGCUUGCUCAACCAGGCGAGUUUACUCUUCGCGCUUUUCUUAACGGUCGUUUGGAUCUCUCACAAGCCGAAAAUGUUGCAAGAUUAAUCGCCGCCAAAUCUGUGGCGGCUGCAGAUGCUGCACUGCAAGGAAUUCAGGGUGGUUUUUCUUCUCUUGUUCGAUCUUUGAGGAGUCAGUGCAUUGAGUUGCUUACUGAGAUUGAAGCACGUUUAGACUUCGAUGAUGAGAUGCCGCCUCUGGAUUUGAAUCUGAUUAUGGAUAAAAUCCAUGAUAUGUCACGAGACGUUGAGAAUGCAUUGGAGACUGCAAACUAUGACAAGCUUCUGCAGUCUGGAUUGCAGAUAGCUAUUGUUGGCCGCCCGAAUGUUGGCAAGUCAAGCCUUCUGAAUGCAUGGAGCAAAAGUGAGAGGGCAAUAGUUACUGAAAUUGCUGGAACCACUCGUGAUGUGAUUGAAGCAAGCAUCAGUGUCAGUGGUAUUCCUAUAACCCUCCUUGAUACAGCAGGCAUCAGGGACACUGAUGACAUUGUGGAAAAGAUCGGCGUAGAGCGAUCUGAAGCCGUUGCUAGGGGUGCUGAUUUAAUUAUCAUGACUGUGAGUGCUGUUGAAGGUUGGACAUGUGAAGACACCAAACUUCUCCAAAGGAUUCAAUCCACCAAGGAAUCAACUGGAUCAUCCACCCCAGUAAUCCUUGUGGUCAACAAGAUAGAUUGUAAACCUUGUGCUGAGACUGAAUGGGACAAAGGAUUUCAGAGUCAUAAAAUUUUCAGCAAACAUGUGUUUACAUGUGCUGUUACUGGUCAAGGAUUACUAGACUUAGAGAGGGCGGUAUUACAGAUUGUGGGUCUUGAAGGCAUUCCUGCUGGGGGUCGCAGAUGGACUGUCAAUCAGAGACAAUGUGAACAACUUGUUCGGACCAAGGAAGCACUUGCAAGGUUACAAUCAUCAAUAAAGGAGGAACUGCCUCUGGAUUUUUGGACAAUUGAUUUGAGGGAUGCUGCAUUGUCCCUUGGACAGAUAAGUGGAGAAAAUAUAUCGGAGGAGGUUUUAUCAAAUAUAUUUGGCAAGUUCUGUAUUGGUAAGUAGAAAUACUCGCAAUACGUAUGUGGUGAUUUUUAGCUAGUUUCCUUUACAUUUCUCACUCAUGUAUAGGACGCCAAGUUCAAUCUGGCUCAGUACAUUUCCCAUGGAUUUCAAGCCAUGGUGAUCAGUUUUGUUGUAUGUUUCUCGUACUGGUAUAUAUUAUCACUUGAACCCCUCCUUGUUUGGUUGGGAUGAUUUUUAAA